CAGGAUUGAAACAUCUCCUCCCUCUGUUUGACCUCCACCCUGUGUUCGAUGAGUGUAUAAAAGGGAUGAACACUUUCAUCUUCAUUCAUCCCGCUUUUUGAAUCCUUCGUUAAGUUCCUACUUUUAAUCCUUGAAGCAAUUACCAUGAUCGCCAAGAUUUUUCUGCUUUCUGCUGUAGUGGCAGCUACAUAUGCACAGUAUGCUGCCCCAUAUCCUCAACAGUACGCUCCAGUUAAAUCAGAAGAGAUAAAGUACCCACCACAACCUUACCAAUUCGGAUAUGACAGCAAUGAUGAGUACGGCACAACUGCUUUCCGAAAAGAAUCGGGAGAUGGCAGUGGAAGAGUACAGGGAAGUUACGGUUACAAAGAUGCUCAGGGUAUUGAAAGAGUUGUUGAAUACGUAGCUGAUGAAAAUGGAUAUCGAGCUCAGGUAAAAACCAAUGAACCAGGAACUGAAAGCAAAAGCCCUGCUGAUAUUGAACUCUACGCCAAUCCCAUCCAUGUAAAUUAUGUACCACCACAGAAAUAUCAAUCUGUUGAUGCUGCCUACAAGCCCCAAUAUUAAGACAAUGACUGGUUCUUUUAUUCCUUCAUCUGAGAGUACUCAUGUUUUGAUUGGACGUUCAUCCCUACCUGAAAAAGUAUUUAUUUGAUGUCUAGCUCUUUCAAUUAUGGCUGCUAAAAUGGCAUUCAACGAAUGCACGGCUUAUUCUGAAUCUAUUGUCAGAUUCAUUGUUACUUAACUCUUUUUUCUCACCUUGACGUUUUAUAAAAGAAAACAUUUCGAUUUUGUGUAUUCAUCUGUUAUAAAUAAAUUUAUUCGAAAAGAAAGUAAAAA